AUGUUUCUGUCCUCAGACCCUGCAAUACCUAAGCCAGCUUCGAUCCACGCACCAAGUCAAGACCAAAGCGAAGGCGACAGCGAGGUGGUGGAGGGGCAUACCCCUUGGGCCGGACACGUGCAAUCAUACCCGCGCGCAGCCGCAAUGCCGUCGCACCGGCUGGAGGAACAUGAUCAGCAGGAGGGUAACAAAGCACAACAGCAAUAUAACGACUAUGACCAGCUGCCUUCGACUAAUAAGCGGCCGGAUAGUCAAGACGCUUUGCAAGCUUCUCUGGACUGUCGAUUGGGAGAAGGACAAGUGGUGUCUGCACAGACAACUAUGGAAAGUCGUUCAUUUUCAAAGUCGGUCUUAGGUUACCCGUUGGUAUCUUACACCCCAACAAUUCCAUACCAUACUCCGUCAGAUGCAAAAUACGAGAUAAAGUCACCGAUGUACUAUCCUCCGAAGCCGCCUACUCGCUCACCGAGCUCGCUCCUCAAUGAAGGACCGAGUCAGCCAGAGACAGUCACAUAUCAGUACAUCGGGCCAGACUUGUCACAAGAGUCAAAGGCCAACUAUCCUGUUAACAUUCCAACCUAUUUUCAAGAUUCAAACGCGUUGAAUCCAUCGUUUCGGUACAGCUUAACCAGCCAAAACCACAUCGACAGUGUAUCGUUUGACCGAAUGGCGCCCGUUCACACCACCCUUGAUGAUCAUUUGGACUCUCAUAGUAACAGUCCUCACCAGGGACCCUAUGGCGAUCCAAGGACUCCGAAAGAGGUUCAAAUGCCCGUGGACCUUGGCCAGCAGCAGACAUCGGCGGAGGAGGCAUGCUGGCAGCAACAUUCCCAAGCAGAAGCACAUCGACAGACAAGACCCUCUGACCUCGACUCGCUGUUUGACGGCUCGAGUGGAGUGGGAGAUGUGUUGGAUGUUUCAGAACAACCAGGAGGCGCCACCGGUGACUUAAAUGCCGUCCAGAAGGAUUUAUCUCCGUCCGGCGCAAGAGACAUUGACUCGCCGGAAUCGACGGACCUUUUAAAGAGCCAAGACGGUGCUGGCCUGGGCCUGGAUAGUCAGCAAAGGAAAGAUAAUCCGAUCUUGGGGCUUCCUGGAACGCCUGCUGGAGACGAUCUUGCCUCUCCACUGGCGUUGCAACGACAGAGAAGCUAUCUCGAUAGGGAAUCUCGCCUAAUGCAAUCUGCCGCAGACAGAUUCAGAAAUAUCUUGGCUGCAAAUGGCAUAAAGUGUGAUCUUGUGCCGGAUAAUCUCGCAAGAGUCCUCGAGUCUGCGGCAGCGGAGAAGCUUACAGAAGGGAUACAUCCACAAAGCCAUCAAGAGGUAGAUGAGACGAUUGAGCAUAAAGCCCCUGGAAAUUGCGGAUGCUGUGAGCCAGAACAGAAUUGCCGGUGCGUUCCAUGUGCUUGUCAGGGCUGUGAUUGUGCCGAAGUACCUGACUACAACGCCUGUUGCUCCAAUAAGAGCAUCUCUCACUGUUCACACUUUCAACCGCAGCCUAUUGAGCGUUCCCCGUCAGGAGAUGAUACCUCUGUUGAUGACAGCCAAGUGGAUGGUGAAACCAUUCAAGAACCGCUGAGUAGCAGUGCUGCUUGGAAAGGUCAGUCACAGGGCGACAUGAGCGGAAUCUCAGAUAGGCCGAACGUCUGUCUACCUCCCAGUCGUCCGGACACACCACGUCCCCCUCUGGACCGAAGUACGUUGUUGUUUGCGCACGAGUUGGUAAAGGAUCAUGUUCGGCAGAGUGUGGAGCCAGAAUUCCCUGUACCCAACUGGAUACGAGAAUCAACUCCAGCUUACGAGGAUAGGUCCAACAAUCCCUCUCCUAUCUCGCGUGGGGACAGUGAUAUUCAGAUGCAAAAUGCGUCAGACUACGAAGUGUCUAGUCCUGGCCAGAAGGGAACACAUUUCUGUUUUCUAAAGUCACCUGAGCCGACUAGUGUACGAACCCAAUCACCUGCAAAACCAGCUCCUCCACCUAUUCCUGAUGACAUUGCGACCUUGAAGCAACCGAAACGCAGCGAUCGGAGGAAGUCUGCCGUACAGAGCGGUAAGGUCGAGAAAAGGUCUGCCACGGGCUCAAGAUCGAAGGGCGUCCCAAAGAGCAGAAAUGUGACUCGCAAGCCGACCACGUCGAUGGGUAAAUUGAUCGAACAACCCAAGAAAGGCUCUCCAGCCAACGAUCAGGACAGUCUCAAUCAAGAAGCUCAGAAUUCAAUGUCUGUCGGGACCGUGGCCGCCGCUGUGCAGAAGAUUGAAGAGGAACUCAAGAAACAAAAGGAUGGCACUCCAGUAAGGCGAAGCCAGCGGGCGAAUAAAGGGGUUAGAACUCUGCUGCCGUAG